AUGAAAUGGCGAAAGGUUUUAAAAGAGACAUACACCUUACAGACUGCAGGCCGAUUCUGUCGGCGUCAUCCUUCAGUUCUCUGCUUAUUGCUUUGCGUGGUUAUAUUGUACAAGUACUACUUCAGCUGGUUCUCCCUCCUUGUGGCCACAUCGCCAAUCCUCCUACUCACAGGUUUCUUUCUUGGAAUUAUCCUAGCUUAUGGUGAACCGAACAAUCCAGACAAUGAUCAUAUCUACAAAAAGAUACAAAAGGCUCCUCAAACUUUGAAUAUCCACGAUAAUGCUAAAUCAGUUGGGGAUGUCUCUCGUCCACAAAUUCCAUCUAGUCAGGAGAGAUUAGUUAACCACAAAAACAGUGAGAAGAAAAUCCAUAAGGGAUCUCAUGGCCGAAGUUCUUCUUCUGAAUCAGUAUCAGGUGCAUCAGAUGGCUCAGAAACAGAUACCCAUCCAAUGCUUCACGCAUUUCAUCAGCUCCGGUCGACAACCAGUUCAUCAGUUUCAUCUCACGAUGGAGAUUCUGGUAGUAACAGCACUGAGGAUGAAACUGAGAAUCAAGACGACAAUGAUGAAAGCAGACUCGAGAAGAAAGAUGGUGUUAAAGUUGUGGCAUGGACUGCUGAUGAUCAGAAGAACAUACUGAAAAUUGGAUGUUUGGAGAUUGAGAGAAACCAAAGGCUGGAGACCUUGAUUGCUAGGCGUAGGGCUAGGAAAUAUGUAAAUAGGAACUUGAUAGACUUUGACAGCAGUGAGUCCCUCCCAACAGUGGAGGAACUCUCAAAGUUUAAUGUCCAACUUCCAACUGUUUUCGCACCUAGGAGAAAUCCUUUAAAUCUUCCCUAUGAUGAAGACAACUUUCCGGAAUCUGCUCCAUCUGCACCGUUGAAAAUGAGAAACACAUUCCAGCUUCCAGGCAAGCAAGAAGAUGAGAGUAGCUCCACUAGAGGAGAUAACUUAAGUAAUGUGGAGCCUGGUACUGUUGCACCUCAACCACAAAAGAAUAGAAUGCUUAGGAGGCAUGAGAGCUUCACAGAAGGAGCACCAUUCAUCACUGACUUCUGGCAAGAUUUACAGCCUUCUCGGUUCAGACCAUACUUUGUUACGGAAACAACGGAUAAUGAUGGAUUUGCAGUUCCAAUUCUUGAAAGAGAAACUAGUGCAAAGAGCUCUGUUCAAGACUCAAACAGUACUGCUUCAGCUGCUGAUCAAGAAAUCCAGAAAGAGCUAUUGGAGGAUAGCUCAAACCAAGGACAUGGACCGUCAUUUAGUCAAAUCGAUGAACAAUCUCCUUCAGCCCAAUAUAUGAGUGAGGACCCUUUGGCACUCGACAUCGACCCACCUGUACUAAUUAGUGAGUCAUCGGAUGAUGACAUGUCGCUACCUGAUGGGCAUAUACAUGAUUGGGAGGAAGCCCAAGGCAGUGAAAAUUUGAACUUGUCUCACUUGGAAGAUCUUAGUGUUAUGCAAUACCCACAAGAAAUGGAGAUGACAAGCAAUGAUUUCCAUCAAAUUUCUCCACAUUCAGAUGAUCUUGAAUCGAUGUCAUCAUCAACAGAAGCUACCGGACUUUUUGAGGUUAAUAACAUCGAACUAACAGGCAGGGAAUCUGAGAUCGAUGAAACCCAGAUUGGUGAUCCAAUCUAUGAUUCAAGUCCAUCAGGGACCGAUAAGCCCACAUCUAUGGGUUCACCAAUUGAUGCAGUUUUUCUGCAAGAAGGUAAUGCUCAUAAUUAUUCUGAUGCUCAAGCUAGCAAGGAAGAAGAGGGCUCACCAUCAAGGAUUGAGGUUCCUUCCAAUGAGAUAUUUUCACCUAAUUUGUCUUCAAUGGAGGCAGGCAGACAAAACGGAACUUCAGAGAUAAUGGAUCAUGCCAUUGUUGAUCAUGGAGUCCACACAGAUUCUCUCUGUCAUCCAGACCCAGCAGUAUCAGAUAUUAGUUCUCGUCCAGUUGAAAGCAGUUAA